CCCAAAUAUAUAUGAACAGAAGGGCCAAGGAAUGAGGUGGAACCGUGUAGCUUGAAGAUCUAAAUCAAAAGCAUCAUCCAGUGCAGCGUUGAUGAGCUCCUAUUACCGUAUCUCGCUGGCUGCAUCAAAAGUUCUAUCUCCUGUGCAGCGACUGUUGAGGAUUUCGCCAGCGCUGCAUUCGAUAAUGUCUUUGAUAUAUCGGCAGAAUGAAGCAGCCAUAGAGCUUGUUCAUCAAAUUUGGAGGCGGUCUUCCGGCGAUUUCGAUGGGCCGUGCGCGCGGGGCCGCGCCCGUGCCCGACGAGCUCCGGUGCCGGCGGUCCGAUGGUCGGCAUUGGCGUUGCCCGAGGCGCGCCAUGUCUGGGGUCAGCUUCUGCGAGCACCACUACCGCCUGGCCCGCCGCAACCAGGCCAAGCACAAGGGGCUGGUUGACUCCCCCCCAACCUCCCCCGCCGGAAGCCCGGCCGGUCCCCUCGCUCUCGGCCGGAGCCGCCCGACCCGCCGCCGAGGAAGCGGCGGAGGAAGGGGGACCCGCCGACGGAGGAGCUGAUCGCCGCGGCGCUGAGGCGGCAGAUCGAGAGGAGGGAGGAGAUGGAGACGAAGAAGGAGGAGGACGAGGGGCGGACGGAGGUGACGAGGGACCUCCCCAAUGGGGUGAUGACCAUCUCCCUGACUUCGGCGAGGGUUUCCGGCAAUGCCGGCCCGCCUUUGGUCCAAAAGCUAGGGUUUCAUCAAGGUCCGUUCUUGAGGCGGAGCAUCCGGUCCAAGAACGUGGAGCCACUCCCAGUCGGACCGCUGAAGAAAUUUCCUUGCGGUAAGGGUUUGGGGAGGGGACGAAAGAGGAUUUGCCAUAGAUGCGGGGAGAGUAAGGCAGUUCGUAUGGUCCGGUGCUCGAGUUGCCUGAAGGAGUCCUUCUGCUCGAGUUGCGUCAAGAAAUGGUACUCUGAGAUGUCUGAGGUGGAAGUAAAGGUAUCUUGUCCAAUCUGUCGUGGCUAUUGUGAUUGCAAAACAUGCAUGCUUGCUGGAGCUAAAGCUGGUGGGUGUAAGAAAUUUUCAACUGGUCAAACUAACUUCAUCCAAAUUAAAUAUGCCUACUACUUAAUUGAUCAGCUGCUCCCCGUACUAAAGCAGAUCAGCCAAGAACAGAAAACUGAGCUGGAAAUUGAGGCAAACAACCAAGGAAGAAGAUUAUCAGGUGUUCAGAUUCAAGUGGCAGAACGUGGCCCUGAUGAGCUACUUAACUGCAAUAACUGCAAGAACUCAAUCAUUGAUUUUCUUAGAAGCUGCUCCAAGUGUCCUUAUAAACUUUGCUUAAGUUGUUGUCAAGAGAUACGUGGGGGAAGUCUACUUAAAUAUCACAACAAGAGGAAAUCCUACAAGCAUGCUGGCAAGGCACGUAAUGGAUCGAAGCAAAAUCUCUCCAAUAGAAUGCCUCCUGAUAUCUCAUCUUUGUCAACUAAACUAUUAUUACCUGAAUGGAAAUCUGAAAAUAAUGAGGGCAAUAUUUCUUGUCCAUCCAAAGAACUUGGUGGCUGCGGUGACGGUCUUAUGAAUUUGGUCUUCAUGUUGCCAUUCAAGUGGUCUGAGGAACUGGAUAUAAGUGCAGAACAAAUUGCCAAUGGUUAUAAGUAUCCUGAUAAGCUAGAAGUUUCCUCUCACUGUUCUCGCAUUAAAAUGAAUGACAAACUUCGGCAAUUUAAUAUAAGUCUACAAGAAGCCUUGGCCACAUAGGCCUCAGUGGUGAUUAUGUGACACAAAUUGCAUGCAUGAAGAUCUCAAAUUGGAACAAAGGAUGUUCCUUGCGUUCUUCAAAGUACAGCUAACAUGAACUGCCCAAGUUCCAUAGUUUUCUUGAAAAUCAGUUAACAAUGCUAGUAAAAAUGCAAAAGCUGCUGAUUGCUCAGAUUGGUUGACGUGAUUGGAUUGGAGGUAAAUCUGGGGGCAAUAGCUGUGAGAAUGUAGUUUUUCAUCUGUCCCCAUGCUUCAUGGAUAUGUUAUUCCUUUUGUUGCUGACAGGCAAUUUUAAUUUAUCACUUCAGAUGCACUCGUUCACCGAUAUAAUCAAAAUUCCGGGUACAUAGUUCUCCAGAUUUUCCGUCUGUUUCUGAGAAAUGCAGGAACUCUUCUAGUGCAGAUUUUUAGUUCAUGCAGUAUUUGUAUAUGAUGCUAUUUUAAGUUUAGCGUACUCUCUCUGCAUGAAAUGAAUCUAUGGACUAUUGCGGCUGCUUUCUUUAGAAAUAGGGCAUGCAUCAGUUUGUAGCUGUACAAUUAAGAGCUGGCGACUGGUAUCAGAUGACUAAGCGAUCUUGCAAGUAAAAAGGGAAACUAAACAACGUGCAUGCACGCGCCUUCCUGUCCACCUGCACGCAUGUGCGCGCACAGAAGGAAAGAAGAUCCGCGCCCCUGGGUGGAUCCAAACGGGCAGAAUGUGGCAGAAUUUUUAUGAGUGGAAUAUAAUCUUAGCGACAAAAAAUUCCAAAGUUGCAAGUGGUUGCCUCAUUAGUAGAACAGUUUUUUUCGUAGUUGUGAUGCAACAUACUUUAGUAGACAACUGACAAGACACCGUUGAACCCACUUGAGAGAUGCAAAAUUUGUGCUGGCCGUCGCAUUAUUCGUGGUAGACGUGAACCACAAAGCUGGCAGGGUAUGUUCUGGGAAGGAGAUUUCCCUUGUAUAAUGUCCAGCAGGAACACUAGAUUUCAUGCUGGAUAGAAUAUGAAUCGCAGAGCAGAGUAUAUCAUUGUCCAAAAAUUGGGCGAUUCAUUUAUGACAUAAUAGCAUUUUGUAUUAA